UCAGACAUGCCAUGCACUCGGGCCGAGUAUGAGUAGAGUGUGUGCUGGGUAGCAUACUUGUGUGGGUAGAGUGUGUGUGCUGGCUAUAAAUAACAUCCUUGUGUGAGUGGAGUGUGUUGCCUCCCUUCUCCGGACAGCGUAGUCGGUCGACACGGUGAGUUGUGUGUGAAGUCUGACCUGCAAUUCUUUAGGAGAAGGAGAGGGGGAGGACGGAGGGAGGGAGGGGGGGUGGAGGAGAGGGAGGACGCAUGUGAAGAAGGGCUCGUAGGAAAGGAAAGAAAACGAAAUUUUGAAAGAAGAAGACAACAACAAGAAAACAUGGGAGUGAGGCUCCGGAUACUUUAUGCCGUUAUGGCUGUCACCACUGUGUUUGUUGUAUUUGAAUUGUGUCUGAGCAUUAUGAAUACAUGGAAAACACGUGGUGGGGAGUUGAGCGACGACUUCCUGUGUGAAAACAACCCUGAGGUGAUGAUUGUGACCAGCUCACAACCCCACUGUGCGGAUGCCGAUGGUAAUCUGGUCCUGCUCCGGUCUCUUAAGAAUAAAGUAGAUUACGCGAGGCUGCAUGGGUUUCAGGUACUUUGUCCGAUGGAAAACGUCGAUAUGAAUCUAACUGGCAACUGGAACAAGAUUGCAGUGCUGCGUGGAGCAAUGCGCGUGCACAAGGCUGUCAAGUGGUUCUUUUGGAUGGAUAGCGAUGCGCUAAUUACUGAUAUGCUCUUUGAGAUCCCCUGGAACCGGUACAAUGGUCUUGAUUUGGUAGCGAUGGGGAACCCAAAGCAAGUAGGCCAUUACCUUGGUUUAAAUGCAGGCGUCCUCUUGAUCCGGAAUUCGGAAUGGUCUCUGAAACUUCUCGACACACUCGUUGAAGUUCAGCAGCAGUUCAAAACGAAUGUGACGUUUCAGAGAGCCGUGCGUAGGAUGGUUGCAAAUUCGCCACCUUGGCUCGGCGACCAGACGGCCUUUGCAUACCUGCUGGCGAAGAGCAAGAAAUGGCGCGCGAGGACUGGAUUCGAGGAGCGGUAUGCGUUGAACGGCUUCUGGAAGGGUACGGAAUGGGCUGAUCCUGGCAAAGUUCGGCCCAAAGACGCCUUCCCAAGGGACGGACGAUCUCCGCCGUUCGUAACGCAUUUUGCCGGGUGUUCCUUCUGCACUGGGCAGCAGUCUGCUGUGCUAGCGGAGUGCAAGGAGAAGUUUGCGAGGGCGUUUUUCUCCGCUACCAACCAGGUACUCGCCGUCCACGGUGUUCAACACAAGGGGCUUACAGAGACGAUGGAGAGCGUGGAGAUUGAGUGAGUUGUGAGCCCCCUGGGUCCGUGUGCUGCUAGGCUGACGAAUAGGUAGGUAAAUGGGGAUGCCUCUCAAAUUUCUGACUCUUAACCGAUUGUAAACGUGGUUGCACUCUCUUUUCUCCCAUUUCCACUUUUCUCAGAAGCCGUUGACCGCGCGCUGUGCCGUGAUUGCUAUCAAAAUUUACGGCAGCUGAGUUCGAUGUGGUUUUCUCCUUGUUCACACAAGAGUUUGAUGUGGUUUUCUCAGUAUUCACACGAAGAGCUGUGACGUGAUUGCUUGGCUCUUAGGGCUACACGUCACUGCCUUGUUUUUUAGGUCUUUCCUUCAUCUCUGUGGAGGACCUGGUAGGCCACUCGUAGGGAUGACUUCGAUGUCUCGUGGAGUAAAAGCCUACCUGCCUC